CAAUUAGUGAUGUGUUCUCUAGUGUUAAAACGCUUCUUUCUUUGCAGCAUGGUGACGAGCCCGAACAGUACUGAAGUUAGGCCAAGAUCACAAACAUGACUCGCUCAAAGCAGAUUGGGAAUCACAAAAAUGAUAAAAAGAAGAAUAUUUCAAAACUCUGGAAAACCAAAAGGAGAGUUAAAGACAUAGAUCAGAUUCAUGAAGAUCUGCGGCCUGAAAAUGCCCGUCGUUUACUAAACCAGGAAAUUGACUACGGUCUUCCUGGCAAUGCACAGCAUUACUGUAUACACUGCGCGAGAUACUUUGUGGACCUGAAGACUUUGAGGGAUCAUUUCAAAACCAAAGUGCAUAAACGCAGACUGAAGCAGCUGAAAGAUGAACCUUACACACAAGAAGAAGCCGAAAGAGCAGCAGGGAUGGGCUCUUACAAAGCACCCAAGCAGAUUGAGGUCCAGACCCAGGAGGUGACGAUGGAAUAGUACUUAUUGCCACAUAGACUUUCCUCUUGCCAUUGAACUGGGAACUUUCAGUGGAGACCACUGCUGGUGUAGCGUCGUGGUGCAAUCCCACUGAUCUACCAUUCUGGCUGUAAGCUUGCAGCAGCUGUAGUGUAUUAUAUGGAAAUGGUGUGAAUUGCUAUGAAACCCAUAAAGUGUUCCCAACGCCUGUUCAUUGUCUGUAUAUGAUAUGAUGAUAAACAUCUAUAUUUCCAAAACAC